AUGUCGAUCUUACCUGACGGCUUGAUCGCCUUUGGGCCGAAUGCCAACUGCACACUCGAGCUCUGCCCAAUCGAAUGGAGCAUUCUGCAAUAUCGACCCUCAGUACCCGCCAGCGCCAUCUUCAUCUCGCUGUUUGCUAUUGCCUUGGUAGGCCACGCCAUCCAGGGAAUUAGGUCGAGGACAUGGGGCUUUAUGGGAAGCAUGAUAAGUGGCUGCAUCUUGGAAAUAGUCGGCUACAUCGGACGACUUCUGAUCUACGACAACCCAUUCAACUUUGAAGGAUUUCUCAUGCAAAUCGUCUGCAUCACAGUCGCGCCCGUCUUCUUCUCUGCGGCGAUCUAUGUUCUGCUCUCUCAAACCAUCAACCACCUCGAUCCCUCACUAUCCCGGGUCAAGCCGAAGCUUUUCUACUGGAUCUUCAUCCCCGCCGAUGUUGUCUCCCUGAUCCUUCAAGCUGUUGGCGGCGGGUCAUCCUCCGUCAGCACCACCAAGGAAGCUGUCGACCGAGGUGUAAACAUCUCCUUGGCAGGCUUGAUCUUCCAGGUCUUCUCGCUUGUGGUAUUUGCCAUCCUCUUCAUGGACUACUUGGUCAGAUACAACCGCUCGAUCGGCCGGUCCAAGAUGAACGGAAAGCUCAAGUUCUUCCUGCUUUUCUUGGGUCUCAGCACAUUCUUCAUUCUGCUUCGAUGCGUCUACCGUAUUGUAGAGCUGCAUGAGGGUUACUUCAGUCACUGGUUCCGGGAUGAAGCGCUGUUCAUUGCUUUGGAGUCAGCGGUCAUGGUUAUUGCCGUAUUCUGCUUGAACAUUGGACAUCCCGGCCUGGUGUUCGGCAGAGGAAAGUCAGCUGCAAAUGUUUCUCGCUAUGAAGGCGUUGCCAUGGAAGAUGCCCUAUGA